CUCUAUUAAAAACACACAAGAAGAAGAAGAAUAUGGCUGACAGCAGCAAACCGGCACAAACUGAAGUUGACCAUAAGUCUUCUCCUGGUAAAGCUGACCUCAGAAGUGUACUAGUUACCAGUGUUCUGAAUUUAGACAGACUUGACACGGAUCUAUACAGAGGGACACAUCACUGGAUUCCUCGUACUAAACGUCUUUUCGGGGGUCAGAUUAUUGGUCAGGCUCUGGUAGCUGCAGCCAAGUCUGUCAGUGAAAAUGUCUAUGCCCAUUCACUGCACUGUUACUUUGUAAGGGCAGGAGACCCAUCGGUGCCUGUGCUGUACCAGGUGGAAAGGACACGGGAUGGUCGAAGUUUCUGUGUCCGAUCUGUGAAAGCCAUUCAACAUGGUCAGCCCAUACUGAUCUGUCAGGCAUCAUUUCACAUGCGGCAGCCCAGUCCACUAGAACAUCAGUUCAUCAUGCCUACUGUUCCUCCACCAGAUGCACUGCUUACUAUAGAGGAACUUAUUCAGCGAUACCUUAGUGACCCAAAUUUGGCAGACACUGCACGUCAAGGACUAAAUAAAAUACUAGCCGACGAAGUUCCUAUUGAGAUCAAACCAAUCAAUCCACCUGAUUUUUAUAGACGUACUGCUAUGGAACCAAAGAAACUGUUCUGGGUACGAGCAAGAGGCCAUAUAGGAAAUGGUGACAUGAAACUGCACUGUUGUGUUGCAGCAUAUGUUUCAGACUAUUUUCUCCUGGGCACAGCAUUGUUACCUUACCCAAACUACAGGGCUCAGUUUUCAGCUUCUCUGGACCAUGCUAUGUGGUUUCAUAGCACAUUCAGAGCAGAUGAGUGGAUGCUUUAUGAAUGUGAGAGUCCUUGGGCAGGAGGCAGCAGAGGUUUCAUCCAGGGGCGCAUGUGGAGACAGGAUGGUGUGCUUGCAGCCUCUUGUGCUCAAGAAGGUGUACUGCGAGUUAAGGAAAUGUCUCAAAGUAAAUUAUAAAGGACCUAAAAUAUAUUACUUUUAAUUAAUAGUAAAUUAAAAAAUUAACAUCAACUGACUGGUUUAUUGCACAUUGUGUGUGCAGUACAACAUUAGUGUGCAGUGCGAUAUAAUGUGAAACACAGCACUUAUAUACUUGCUGUUGCCAUUUGUACUUAACAAGUAAAAACGUUUAAUGUUAUUUAAAGAAUGUGAUUUAGCACCUUUAUUUAAGGAUGCAUUUGCUCGGUGUGUUUCUUAAAAGCAUGUGUAAAGCAUUGAAGGACUCAUUUGAAUUGUAAUCGUGGACCAUUCUUACAGUCUGAUUGUUAAUAAAAUGUGAAUAAUUAACCGUC